UUUGGUGAUUGACGUUUCUGUGAACCAAUAGCAGCCAGUGUUCGCCGCGAAUCGCCUUGCUAGCUCAGGUGGGUGGGAGCCAUAGAGAAACCCAAAGUGGUCACAUGAAGAUGUCUGACAACACAGAGUCCCCGAUAGAAACGCCAAAAGAGGAGUCACAACCGCCGUCAGACGACUCCACGACGAACGAUGAUAAGAAAAAAAUUGAUGUGCUGCUGAAGGCAGUGGGAGACACUCCUAUAAUGAAAACAAAGAAGUGGGCGGUGGACAGGGGGAGGACGGUACAAUCCCUGUCUCAGUUCAUCUCUCGUUUCCUCAAGCUUGAAGGCAGUGAACAACUGUUCAUUUAUGUUAACCAGUCAUUUGCCCCCUCACCGGAUCAAGAUGUAGGCGUCCUCUUUGAUUGUUUUGGCAGCGAUGGAAAGCUCAUUCUACAUUACUGUAAAUCUCAAGCCUGGGGUUAAACUGCUCCCGUCACCUCCCCCUUUCCUUAAAUUCAUCCUCAUAGACACAAUGUUGUUUUUGCCAUUUUUUUUCUUUCAGUUUUUCUGUACAUACAUAUUGUAAAUAAAUUAUUGUA